AUAGCAGGGGAAGUACGCGUGAAGCCGGCGGAGCGGUCGGCCGGCUGUGUACAAAGUGUGGUGGUGCUGUUGUGUUUUGGUGGCUGAUGAUUAAGUGACUUGAAAUCAUGGUGCUAACUACCGGAUCGAGUAGAGCUCAGCCCCCGGGGCCAGUGUCGGCGGGUUGGUUCGCGUCACUCCGGAGGAAUCGUAAACAGCACAGGACCGCUUCGGUCUCAUCGUCGUCUUCUGCUACCUCAGCGCAUGGGAGGCUGCUUGCUCGGUCAGCGUGGGACCUAUCAGCUUCGUGCUUGCAACUGAAGGAUGCCUUGGGUGAGGUUGUUGCAGAGAUGGAAAACAUGGAUACUGCUGAUGAGAGUAAAAACAACACUAAAGCAAAGCAGAUGUCCAUUGGCCGCAAAAAGUUUAAUAUGGACCCUAAAAAGGGCAUUGAGUACCUGAUUGAACAUGGCUUGCUUCGAAGCACACCAGAAGAUGUUGCCCAAUUUUUGUACAAAGGUGAAGGUUUAAAUAAGACAGCAAUUGGAGAUUACUUAGGUGAACGUGCAGAUUUCAAUGAACAAGUGCUGAGGGCCUUCGUGGAACUACACGACUUCACUGACUUAAUACUGGUCCAGGCACUCAGGCAAUUUUUGUGGAGCUUCAGGUUGCCAGGAGAAGCUCAGAAAAUAGAUCGGAUGAUGGAAUGUUUUGCACAGCGAUAUUGUCAACUGAAUCCUAACAUUUUCACAAAUACAGAUACGUGCUAUGUAUUGUCAUUUGCCAUUAUUAUGCUCAAUACUAGUUUACAUAAUCCAAGUGUGAAGGAAAAACCUACAGUUGAACAGUUCAUUUCCAUGAAUAGAGGCAUAAACAAUGGUGGUGAUCUGCCUCAGGAAUUGCUCAUGAGCCUUUAUGAGAGUAUAAAGACUGAACCAUUCAAAAUCCCAGAGGAUGAUGGGAAUGACUUGAUGCACACCUUUUUCAAUCCAGAUAAAGAAGGUUGGCUGUGGAAGCAAGGUGGCCGAUACAAAAGCUGGAAGCGACGUUGGUUCAUACUAAAUGACAACUGUCUGUACUAUUUUGAGUACACAACUGACAAAGAACCUCGUGGUAUUAUUCCUCUUGAAAAUAUUCAAGUUCGUGAAGUGACAGAUCGCCAUAAGCAUCAUUGUUUUGAACUGUAUGCUAGUGGUUCUGAUUUCAUCAAGGCAUGUAAGACAGACAGUGAAGGAAAAGUUGUUGAAGGCAAACACACUGUAUAUAGAAUGUCAGCUGCCACACCUGAGGAGAAGGACGAGUGGAUCAAAUGUGUAAGGCAAAGCAUCAGCCAUAAUCCGUUCUACGAUAUGUUGGCAGCUCGCAAGAAGAAAGCGCAGAAGACAAGUGCUCACCACCACUUGAAGAGCUAAGACAUUUAUAGUGUAACAUAUAUUAUGGUAUUACUCUCGAGCUGUCGCAGCUCCAAGUGUGUUACAGCACUGCACCAUACUGGUGCAAGCUGUACAUUAUGUAUAGGGCUUGUACUGGAGGUGCAGUUUGAAACAUAGCAUACAACCAAAGAAAUGUGAUUUAAAGUGCACUUGACUGUUGUAUCUUCUGAGCAGCUCUAUUCUAAUUUCUUUUGCUUUUUCUCUCCUUAAUAAUCCAUCUAGGAUUUUCACCCAAGGAAAUGGCAGCCUUGAACUAAUGUUCAAAAAGAGUGGUAAUGUUAAAUACUGAAUGUACUGUUUAAAUGUUUUCCCAAAAAAAUGGUCAUAGCAUGACUGAAUGAUAAAUUGUAUUUUUUAUAUAGUUGUUAAAGCUUCAACUGUUCAAACAUUGCAGCAGCUUAAGAUAGAAAACUGUAAGGGUGAGAGAAAUAAACAAUGCAGUGAAUGUGCUAUACCAGUCAUUGUUUGUAAUAUUUGAAAAUUUGUUAUGAUUUGAGAGCUCUGAAAUGCUGGACAAUAUUAAAAAAACAUUUUAUGGCACUGGAAGUACUAAUGGUCAAAGUGGCUGGUGCUAAGAAUCUCAGCAGAAGGAAGACUCGUGCAUUCGACAUACUCAAAUAAGUUUGUAUUUUGUCCUGUGCUGCAUGAAAGUGUGAUAUAUGUCUAUGUAUUAUGUGCUUUCCAUAUCUUGAAUGGUUCCAACUGAAAUUUCUCUCAGUAAACCAAAGAAACUGUCAUCUGACCAAUAUUUGAGACAGUGAAAGCUGGAAGUAUUUUAUAGAAUGGGAGAACUUCAGUUAUUUUUGCAUCAGUCUCUCUUCGUAAAUGUGAUUUUUUUAUAAAAGUGUUUGUAAAUGGUAUUGCUACUUCAUUUCGUGUUACUAUAGACAGUUUCAAAUGGUAUGUAAUUUAUAAUGUUCACUCAUCUCAUUGUAAUUCACCAUUUUUAUAAAAAAAGUUAGAUUUUUAUACUAGAAGUGUGCUGGGAUGUUGUAACCAGGAUGGAGUAAUGUGUAUGGAAAUAACGAAGUAUUAAUAUUGCAGUGUGUGUGACUUUAUUUUUGUACAUUAUGUUUAUUUCUUUGAUAUAUUUAUGAUACAGUUGCUUUUGUCAGUUCCCUCAUGUUGACCAGAAUUAUUUUUAUUUGUAAUAUAUUGUGUAUAUGUAUUUAAGGAUUUGUACAAGUAGUUAAUGCAGUCAUGUUCAUUAUUUAUCUGUUAAAAUAAUAAAGUUUGACCUGAUUUGACUGGAAAUUAUGUAAAUACAUUUUCACAGCCACUGUGAAAUUCUGUUAUCUCCAGUAUUUAUUUUAUUGAA